AUGUCGGCAACACCAAGCCGGCGGCUUUCAGUCCAUCCACAAUCAGCACAAUCACGCAGACGAAACGCAACCCACACCUCAGUCUCAGAAGCUACACCUCUACCAGAAUACGAGACUCCCGAGGCCCCUCUCACAGCCGAGAGUCAGCGUCAAAUUGCCGCCCUCCUCGCAUCACCACACCUCCGCAACCUCCGUACCCACCUCCAACAUGCCACCGAGAAGCUCACACACUCAGGUGGUGAAGUAAAUGAGCGUCUUAGUGAUGCCAGGAUUCGAUACGAGAAACUGAAGGAAGCUCGCCGACGCCAAGGCGACGAGGACGUGGACGACGAUGAGAGCAAUGAAGAGUAUCAGCGGCUUGCUGAGGCAGAGACUCGAGUCAAUGCUAUUACUGCUCAGAUGGAGGAGAAGACUCGACUGAUUGUCGACUCAGAAAUAAAGCUCCAAGGGUUGACAGAUGCGAUGGGUGAAAUUGAAAGAGAGGAAGGCGAGACUGUCGCUGCUGUGUUGGGAGUAAGACAGACCCGCCGACAGCGGGCAAGGCAGAGAGCCAAUGCUGAAGAUGAUGCCGAUGGGACCGAGGAUCCUACCGAUGGCGAUUAUGAAGAUGCGCAGGAGAGAGAGAUGCGCGAGCGCAAUGCACAGAACCCGCCUAGUCGCAAGCUAGUCGAUAAGUUGGCGGAGGGCGUUCAGAAAUGGGAUGAGCUUUCUUUGACAGAGAGAUAUGCCAGCAAUAACUCCUACAUCGGCUUCUAUAGAAUGGUACACGACUCCAAGUUCCCCGGCGACGACGUCCCGCCCUUGCCUCACUCAUCUACAUGGUUCGAACACAUGGAAGAUCCGAAUACGCGAUCAGGGGCACCGGCACGUACACGCAACCAGCACCGUCGUGCCUCGCCUGCCGACUCCGACGAUGACAUUGCCAUUGAGCGCGAGCGCAUCUCCCUGAAAUGCCCAUUGACUCUCACACCUUACCAGGACCCUGUGACGAGCACCAAAUGUCCGCACAGCUUCGAGCGCGAGGCGAUUAUGGAUAUGAUCAAACGCAGCCCGACUACUAUUGCGCCCCCGGCAUCUCGUCGUGGACAGCGUCGCGUCCAUGUGGUCAAAUGUCCUGUCUGUUCUAUUCCGUUGACUGCGGACGAUUUACGGCCAGAUCCUGUUCUACUACGACGUGUUCGCCGUGCCCAAGAGCUCCAGGAGCGCGAGGAAGAAGAAGAUCACCUUGAAGGGGACGGAAGAAAGCAGAAGGAUCGCAGUACCGGCAUUACCUUGGGUAGUGACGUGGAAAGCGAUGAUGAUGCUAUGGAUGUUGAUGCCCCUCCUCCCUCACAGCACAUCAAAAUGGAGCCGCUCAGUCAGGCUGCUCGGGCUGCUCAAUCUGAUGAUGAGUCCGGUGUCGAUGCGGAGAAUGCAGAAGAGGAGAGUCAAGAAGGGGAGGAUGAAGAAGAAGAAGAAGAAGAGGAGGAGGAAGAGCAGAGUGAAGAAGGGGAAAGCGAAGAGGUGGAAACUGAUGAAGAGCAAAAUGAAGAGGCGGAAAUGGAGGAACCGGACUACCAAGAAGGUAAGAGUGGGGAAGAGGAGAAUGAAGAUAAUGAAGAGGUGGAGAUUGAACAAGAACAGGAUAAAGAGGUUGACACUACGGAACCGGACAACGAACAAACACAAGAUGAAGAGGUGGAAAUAGAGGAACUGGACAAUGCAGAAAGUGAGAAUGAAGAAGGGGAGAAUGAAGAGGUCGAGAUCACUGGACUGACCAACGGAGAAGCAGGGAAUGAAAAUGUGGAGAUUGAAGAGCCGAACGACAAAGAAGUGGAGACCGACGAACUUGACAUCGAACAAGGGCAGAAUGAAGAAGAGCAAAACGAAGAACUGGAAGUCGACGAACCAGAAAAUGAAAAUCGGAAUGAAGAAGUGAAUGAGGAAGUGCUUAGCGAUGAAAGGCACAAUGAGGAAGAGCAGGAUGAAGAAGCGCAGAACGAAGGCAGACACAGCGAGGAGGAGAAUGGGGAUGUGCAAGAUGAAAAUGAAGAUGUGGAGAGCGAGCAAGGACAGAAUGAACUUGUGGAUUCUCAGAAGGAUGUGCAACAAGUUGAUGUGCAGAGUGAGAAAGGGCAGAAUAAGGAUACCAGUGACACUGAGGACACUGAGGACAGCGAAGACACCGACACUGACAGUGAUAGUGAUAUUGAGCUCAAAGUCGAGGGCGUGUCCGAGGAUGAGGAGGUUGAAAGCUACGAGAGUGAUUGA